GAAAUUCAUAAUAUCUCACAUCUUCUUUGUCGCCGUUUCCCAAACCCGUCUCCGACGUCCUGUGUUGGGUUUUGUGUUGGUUGGCUACCCCCUCUCUUUGUUACGGUCAGGCUCUGUUCUUCUCAGUUCCAUGAAGAAUUGCAGUCAGGUCCCGCAGCUAUAUUGAUCACCGUACCUGCCAUUUCCUAGAGUAUUUGAUCUUGUUCUUGCAUUGCUAGGCCCAUGAACGCCUUUGAGGUGUGAACUGCACAAGAUGAGCCAAAUCCUAACUUCACGCCAAGCUGAAGAGCUACAUAAAGCCAUCAUUGCGUACCUCUCGUCAAACAACCUAUCUAGCACAGCCGCUGCAUUGCGAGAAGAGCUGAAUCUCGGCGAUAGCUUUGAUGCAGCCACUUCGAAGAAAUAUGAGGGACUCCUGGAAAAGAAGUGGACUAGUGUGGUGCGGUUACAGAAAAAGAUUAUGGACUUGGAGUCAAAAACUGCCUCCCUGCAAUCCGAGUUGGAUAACGCGACACCCACCUCCCUCUCUAAGCGAAACCAGGAUCCGUCUAGCUGGCUCCCCCGAUCUCCUGCACGCCACACCCUGGAGUCCCACAGAGGGCCUAUUACCUCCGUCGCGUUUCACCCUGUCUUCUCCUCCUUAGCCACCGGCUCCGAGGAUUACACCAUAAAAAUAUGGGACUGGGAACUGGGGGAAUUAGAGCGGACGAUAAAGGGACACACCAGAGCGGUGUUGGAUGUUGAUUUCGGUGGCCCUAGAGGAGGAACCCUGCUCGCGUCAUGCUCGAGCGACCUGACCAUCAAAUUAUGGGAUCCUUCUGACGAUUACAAGAAUAUCAGGACUCUGCCAGGACAUGACCAUAGCGUUAGUGCCGUUCGGUUCAUUCCAUCAGGCGCGGCCGGUGCGCCAAGUUCCAGCAAUCUUCUAGUGUCUGCCUCCAGGGACAAGACUUUGCGUAUAUGGGAUGUGUCGACGGGUUAUUGUGUUAAGACGAUACGAGGACACGCCGAGUGGGUUAGGGAUGUCUGUCCAUCGCUGGAUGGCCGUUAUAUCUUGUCCGCCGGCAACGACCAGACCGCUCGCCUCUGGGAUAUCUCCCUUGCAAACCCCGAGAGCAAGCUGACAUUGGUCGGCCACGAACAUACGAUCGAAUGCUGUACUUUAGCACCACCCUCCACUUACCAGUACCUUGCGCCCUUAGCCGGACUGAGUAGACCGCCCCCGGCAUCGAGCUCUGCGGAGUUUAUGGCGACUGGAUCCAGAGACAAGUCAAUACGUAUCUGGGAUGCGAGAGGCAACUGCAUCAAGACUCUUGUAGGACAUGACAACUGGGUGAGGGCGUUAGUCUUUCACCCGGGAGGGAAAUACCUGCUUAGCGUGUCCGACGACAAGGUCUUGCGUUGCUGGGAUUUAUCACAAGAAGGAAAGUGCGUGAAGAUGCUUGCAGACGCACAUGGACAAUUUGUGUCUUGCUUGAGGUGGGCACCGGGAAUCGUACGCGAAGCAGCAGUGAAUGGGUCAACCGAAGGACAAAACGGCACAUCUACGAACGGUACCACGAAGGCUGAUGUGCAGAUCCGAUGUGUCAUUGCGACUGGAUGUGUGGACUGCAAACUAAGAGUGUUCGCCAACUGAAAGCACAGACAAGAUACAUGCUGCAGGACUCGAAAGAGGGAGAGAGCGAGGAAAAAAAGAGAAAGAAAAGAGAAACGAAACGAAAGAUCCCGGCAUCGAUUGGUUGUUUGAGCUUCUACCAAUGUUUAACAUGCCUCUACCAAUGUUUAACAUG